AUGGCAACCCGUGUUUUUCUCGGUCUUCUUGCACUUUUAGUAUGCGCAUCAGCAUCCCAACUCCAACCUCGCUCCAUCACCCCACCCGAUGGAUGUCCUAUUCCCAUAUGGCGAGUCAACAGUUUUCAAUGGUACAACGGCUCUCACAGUCUUGAUUGUAUCCAUAACAAAGCCGAUAUCGAUGCCAGGGGGUGUCUCUGUGGAAAUGGGUGGUGUGAGCCCGAUCCCGCGACGUGCAAUGGGACUAUGGUCAACGUGUGCUGGACUGGAAUGCCGAACUAUGAGCCAUGGGGUUAUGGUCCGCUGGAAACACUCGCUAUCAACUUCGAGGAUGGCCUUGCUUGCCACGAUCAAUACAUUGGAUACCGCAUUCAUGAUAUGGGCCAUGGCGAGAGCAACUGCGGAUAUGCCGAUCGCGGUGCUGGGCGUAUUGUUGCAUUCUACGGAACCACCAACCUAGAAAGUUCAACGGGGCAUAUGGAUUAUACUCUCGGCGAUGGACAUGCAAUUAAGUGUGAGAAUGGGAGCAGCAUCACCUAUUACGGAAGCACAGACUUCGAGCUGGGCUGCACACACGACGCCUUCUUCAACGCCACUUGUACAGCUCCUGUCUUCGAAAUCCCAGUCCUUGGCUAUAAAUGGGUCCAGCUAUGA